AUGGCGAACGAAGACAAUGAUUUCCAAUGGAAAGAGAGUAAAUUUUUAAAUGUUGAGUUGUGUCGACCGGGUGUUGUACAAGGCAAAGUGACCGAGUACUGUUGCUAUGGCUACUGCAUCGACCUGUUGCGUCGAUUGGCCAAUCGCACGGGCCCCCACCAGAACGCCACCGCCUUCACCUACGAACUGCAUCUCGUCGGAGACGGUCAGAUGGGCGAGGAGGUGGUCAUGCAGACCAACGAGACCAAAGUCUGGACAGGCAUCGUCGGCGAGCUGUCUUCGGGGCUGGCUGACCUUUCCGUUGCUCCAAUGACAAUCACGCCUGAAAGGGUCACCCGAUUGGAGUUCACGAAACCCUUCAAGUACCUCGGCAUCACCAUUCUUGUCAAAAGGGAGAGAUCGAAAUCCAACUUGGCGUCCUUCCUCCAACCAUUCGAAAGCACUCUUUGGGUGUUAAUUGGGGUAUCGGUGAACGUCGUCGCUCUCUUCCUCUACCUCCUCGAUCGAUACUCCGCCAUCCGCUGCUUCCACCGCAAGAGCACAGACGCUGAGAAGCACAGGCACGACAAGGCGAACACCCCCUCCACCGCCUCCAGUGGAGCCAAACCCGACGAAUUCAACCUCACCUCGUCCAUGUGGUUCACGUGGGGCAUCCUGCUGAACUCGGGCAUCGGUGAUGAGACCCCGAAGGCCUUUUCUACGCGAGCUCUUGGCAUGGUGUGGGCGGGUUUCGCAAUGAUCAUCGUCGCCUCGUACACCGCUAACUUGGCGGCAUUUCUGGUCCUUGAUCGACCCGAAGCUUCCAUCUCUGGCAUUGACGAUCCGAGGGUGCGUUCGUGA